GAACCCACGACGUAGCCGCGAUCCCAACUCAUCACGACUCGACAAAACCCUCGCUCUACAAGUUAUGCCACCACUUCCACUUCCGCUUCCACCGACGGCCUGCUUCCUGCUUUACUCUUCCGCCGCCAUGGUCUCCCUCGCCGACUCAUCCUCGAGUCCCUCGCGAUCGCGAAUCCAGCGUUCCCUUGGUCGGUCCAUGCGCACCGUCCGCUCCAACCUCUUCCGCAACGACCCGCCGCCUGGCGCUCCUCCGCCGUCGCGCUCCGCCGCUGUCUCCGAGAAUUUGACCGACUCGGUCGUCGACUUCCAGCUUCAGCAGCUCGCGGUCGGCCCCCUUCGCCCUUCUGAUGCCAAGUCAGCGAUCUUCUCGGCGGAAACUGUGUCCGAGAUCCUCGAGCUCUCCCAGGGUCUCUCCGACUGUUCUAGCUUCGACUCUGAUAUCUCCGGCGAGCUUCAGAGGCUAGCCUGCGUCACCCCAUCGGAGGCGCCGCCGAGCCAUGCUGCGCCUUCCGAUUCUGAGGCGUUCCAGUACGUGUUUGCUUUAUCUUCGUCGUCCUUGGAGGUCCACGAGAGCGCUACGGUGGCGAGCAUCGAGCCGGCGACUAGGGCCUGUGUCGAGGGGCUUGGGGCGUCGUCCCCGGAGGUGAAACGGGCCGCGGCAGCGGGGAUAAGGCUUUUGGCAAAGCAUCGGUCCGAGUUCCGAGCGCUGAUUGGGACGUCCGGAGCGAUUCCGGCGCUCGUGCCGCUGCUGAAGAGCAUGGACCCUGCGACGCAGGAGAGCGCGGUGACGGCGCUUCUCAAUCUUUCGCUGGAGGAGGAGAACAAGGAGCCCAUCACGGCCGCGGGGGCUAUCAAGCCGAUGGUAUACGCGCUGCGGACGGGGACAGCAGUGGCCAAGCAAAACGCAGCCUGCGCACUGCUCAGCCUGUCGAUGAUUGAGGGGAACCGGGGAACAAUCGGGGCGUGCGGGGCGAUUCCGCCGCUGGUGUCUCUGCUCGUGAGCGGUUCGAGCCGGGGAAAGAAGGACUCUCUAACCACGCUGUACAAGCUUUGCUCGGUCCGGCGGAACAAGGAACGGGCGGUCAUCGCUGGGGCUGUGCCUCCACUGUUAGAGCUGGUGGGGGAACGCGGCGGUGGCACAGCCGAGAAGGCGCUUGUGGUGCUUGGAAGCCUAGCAGCGAUACCGGAGGGUAGGGAGGCGGUGGUGGAGGCGGGUGGGAUCGCGGUGCUAGUGGAGGCAACGGAAACAGGACCGACAACGGGGAGCGAAUUCGCUGUGCAUGUGCUGCUGCAGCUCGCCGCCGAAAGCCCCCGUAUCCAAGGGCUCCUAGUGGGCGAAGGCGCAAUUCCACCGCUGGUUGCGCUGUCGCAGUCGGGCUCAUCGCGGGCUAAGCGCAAGGCGGCGAUGCUGCUGAGCUACUUGCGGGAGCUGCGGUACUAGAACUAAUCUGCGCCGGCGACAGCAGGUGUAAAAAUUACUUGGUAACGUUAAGCACUGUACAAAUUUUACCAUUUGGUAUAAUUUUAAGCAUUAAUAGGGGUCUGUUAAUAGAAGUAAUGGAGUCUGAGUGGACUAGGGCAAGUCUGGGACUGUGAGUAAUUGUGUGAAUAUAAUUUUGGCUGUUUAGUUACCAAAGUCUGACAGUGUGCUUAUAUGCAAGUGGCCACUCCUACAACGUUUUCCAGAUGUGUAAUAUUAUGGGUCUGGAUUCUCUGAUUUGGGCAAGGUAAAUACAAGAUUUUUAUCUAGCAUAA